AUGGCGUCUCUAGGCGGCGUACGCGUCAAUAUCGUCGAGGCCCGCGGCAUCCUCGCGGCCGGCAGCAGCGGCAAGAGCGACGCGUACGUGACGAUGACACUGCUGGACUCGAAGGACGCCGAGAUCGCGGCCGGCGGCAGCUGCAAGACGAAAGUGGCGAAGAAGACGCUGACGCCGCAGUGGCACGAGACGUUCGUCGUGGGGGACAAACUCGACCUGCGCGUGGCGACGACGCUGCGGCUUCUGCUCCGCGACGCGGACGGCGCGUUCUACAGCGACGACGUGCUCGGCGUCGUGGACAUUCCCGUGUCGCUGCUCUUGGGGCUCGAGGGACCGCUGGACAACUGGUUCCAGCUGACAAAGCACGUCAAGAUGAAGACCGACUCGAGCGGAGAGCUGCACGUCGUGCUCGAGCGGCUGGCGGCCGGCGACGCAAUGGCGUCUCGUCGCGGCACGGGCGUCAACAUUGACCCGGGGCUCGAGACGAAGCUGCUGGUCGUGGCGAGCCACGAGCCACCCAACUUGCUCUACGUGACGCUCAAGGCGGGCAAAGACCUCCUCGGGAUGGACGACAACGGCACGACGAGUGACCCGGUCGUGUUUCUCACGUUCGACGGCCAGAAGCACGAGUCGACCAAGAAAGAGCGGACGCUGCGGCCGCAGUGGAACGAAAAGUUUGGGUUCUUCGCCCCGAGUUUGACGAAAACGCUGUCGAUUCUCGUGGAGGACUACGACAUUACGAUUAAUGACUUUAUGGGCAAAGCCGAAGUGCCGCUGAAGGGUCUGACGCCGCACGUCGAGAAGCAUGUGACCGUGGAACUGGGCGGCAAACGGGGCAAAAAGGACAAGUUGCAGCGCGGCGUCCUCUUGCUUACGCUGUUGUGGACCUACGCUGCAGACGCGCGUGACGUCGCAGCGAAGAAGAAGAAGUCGACGUUUUUGCCGUCGUUCGGGGCCCCUGACAAGGACUAUGACUCGGCCGAUGACGAUGGCGUGGAGAUCGAUGACAGCGCGGCGAACAAGAAGUCGGAAGAAGAGAUGAAGAAGGAGAGGGAAGAGAAGGCAGAGAAGCAGGCGGCGUUGAUGAGUGAGCUCAGCAGCUUUGAAAUCAAGUCUGGCGACUACAACGUGCAAGUGCAUGUCAUUGAAGCACGCGACCUGGUGCCAAAAGAUUCGACUGGCACGUCCGAUCCUGUUGUGUAUGCCGAAGUCUUUGGGGAGAAGCAACAAACUGCAGUGAAGAAGCAAGUCCUGAGCUGUUUCUGGGACGAUCUGCUCAUUUUUUCGUUCCGAAAUAUGGACAAGUCGGAAGUCGAGAUGGGGUACGUCCGGCUGAGCGUCAUGGAUGCUAAUACGCUCCAACGCGCAGAGCUGAUUGGCGGAGCGCAGUUUGACGUGUCCUACAUCUAUUCACAGACGAACCAUCAACUGGCGAACGUCUGGAUAGGCCUUACGGACAUUUCAAAUACAACUAACCAGGGCAUACAGGGAUACCUGCGAGCGUCCAUUUCGAUCAUCGGACCAGGGGACAAGCUGAUUCCGCCCCCUUCGCCGUUUGGUGAAGGCGCAGCUACAGACAUGAACAACGUCAUCAUGCCUCCAAGCGUUACUCAGCAGGUCCACUUUUUAGGAGCAACUAUCCACGUGGCUGAGCACUUGCCGCCCAUGGAUGUUGCUGUUGUCGGCAGAGGCGGUCUAGAUGCUUACGUAAAAGGAUCGAUCGCUGGUGGGGACGCAAUUCGGACUCGCGUGCGCACCAAAAAAGGUCGGCGCGACGAGCUUUGUCCACGCUUCAACGAGGAGCUGAUGCUGGUUAUUCGCGAGCCCUCUAUGGCUGAUUCCAUCCAACUUGGUGUCUUUGACUGGGAUCAAGUGGGAUCUGACGAACUGGUUGGAUACGUCUACCAGAGUGUGAAACUCGUGAAGGCAAUGGGUGGUAGAAUCGCACCAUUUUGGGCCAAUAUUUACGGAGCGCCCCUGCGUCUAAAGUCGGUUGGCAUUGGUGACUCCAUGAAGAAGCAGAUGAAUACGUAUCCCGAUAUUGCCAGCACGUACCGCGGUCGCCUGCUCAUUAGUCUCCGUAUCCUGACGAAUGACGGUAACGAGUUUGAUGAGACCAAUCAGAAGCGCAAUACGAAGCGUAUUCCGCGGGACUUGUACCCUCGAGAGCGCAUCUAUCGCAUCCGCGCUCACUUUGUGUGGGGCAGCGAAAUCCCAUCUUUCUUGAGCUCGAAGCGCCCCGGCCAGAAGUCCAAGAUGCAGUUGGUGAUGUCAUGUGGCCUAAACGAAGUCGCCUCUUCUCGAAGUCGUAAUAUGAACGGCGUGGUUGAAUGGAACAACAUGGAGGAGAGCGAAAAGAUGCUGCUUCCUGAAGACAUUUCUCAAGUGCCAGACAUUUUCUUGUACUUGUGCAAAGGAGAAGGCGACACUCGAAGGGCUGUGUGCUUUCGCCGUUAUACAGCAAAAGAGCUUCUAGAGGACCAUGGCGGAUUCGAUAGCCAAGUAGAGUGGAUCUCGAUGAAAGAAGACCAGGCGAUCGACGCACUCGAAAAUGAAACGUUUCCGGGCAACGUUUUGGUUCGCAUGGGCUUUGGAACAGAAGAAAUGGCGAUGCAGACAUCAUGGGAUCGUGCGGACCUGGAUGCAGUGAACAAGCGUAUUCCUUACCAGCUCCGCGCUCAUAUUUACCAGGGUCGCCGACUCCCACCUGCUGAUUCAAACGGACUUUUGGAUCCAUAUCUUGUUAUCCGAUGCAUGGGUGAAAAAGAGAAAAUAACGUCUAAAAAGCGAAAGACUAGAGAUCCGCUGUGGUAUGAAACCAUUUACUUCGAUGUGAACCUGCCGGAACUGAAGUAUGCACCCCAGGUGAUGUUGCGUGUCAUGGAUUACGACGACUUUGACACCAAUGAUUUCGUUGGUCUGGCUGCGCUCAACCUGUCGGAGGCACAUAUCCGGACGUCAGAAGAGCUGUCAAGCGGCCAUUCGGCGGCUCUGCCGGAUCCGAAGUGGCAUUCGAUCAUGUUUCAGGAGCCUGGUGAUUGCGAAGGUGAGAUCUUAGCAUCUUUAGAGCUUAUUCGUAAGCAGUUUCCAGAUGAGAAGGUUCCUCGAGCACUUCCGAUCUUGCCAAGAAACCGCAAAGCUUUUCUUGAGAUCACGGUUUUGGGUCUUCGCAACAUGGAGCCGUACCAUUUCUUGCCCAUUCAGCUACCAUUUAUCGAGUUUGUCCUUGGUGGCAAGGAACACGCGGCUCAGGAAAUGAUAACUGAGAAGUCAAAGCGACCGUCUGGAAGUAACCCAAACUUUCUGCAGCGCAUUGUGAAGGAGGUGGAGCUACCCGAAAAUGCGCAUUUUGCGCCCCGAUUGAACAUCAUUGUGAAGGACACGCGUCUUGGAGGGUUUCAGACGCCUAUUGUCGGCUCCGCUUCCAUAGAAAUGAGCUCAAAGAUUCCGUGGUCAAAGCACUACCGUCCGCCUCAAAACGACACGCUUGCUGAGAUCGAGCUGGAAUCUGCAGACGAAUGGGGAGACGACGCACCUUUACUUGGAAAGGCAGCUCGGGAUAACGACUUCACCCCGUUGGAAUCCGUUGAUACCGGAGCUGGUGUGUUUGGUGCGCUAAAGAGUAUGGGCGUUGAAUUUGAUCCGAAUGGAAACUUUGACGAGGUGUCAUCGCGUCGGUCGACCACGGUGGACGAAGACGACGAUAUGAAGUCAAAGAAAUACCUCAGACACCGUGAAUUGCUGGAAGGCGACCUCGAGUCGGAGUUGAGAACGACACCUUUCGAGAAAUAUGGCCUGCAUAUUGGCCAAAAGAAGAAAAGGUCGUCUCUGCUGUCAGCAAUCAACCCGUUUGCAAAAAAGUCGCGAGGAGUUGGAGAUGACACUGGCAUUUACAAGAUGGCUGGAUAUUUCAAAGGCCUGAUUCGUAUUAUCGAGCGCGAGGACGAAAAGCCGCUGUUUCCAAUCGAAACGCUGCUCCAGUCGCUACCGUACGAAGUCCGUGUCUACGUUCUGGAUGGAGUCGGCUUUGCGCCAAUGGAUAUCGGGCUAAAUGGCCGCCCAGGCAAAUCCGACCCUUACCUGCGCUUGACAGUCGGGGACCAAAAGGUCAGCGAUCGCAAGAACUAUAUUGAAGAUACAACUGAACCUGAUUUCUACAAGAUGUUUGUGAUCAACACAAAGCUCCCGGGUGCUAGCAUCCUGACGAUUGAGGCAAUGGACUAUGAUCUGAUCGGUGGUGACGAUUUGAUCGGCAAGACCACGAUUGAUCUCGAAGACCGCUUGUUUGACAAGAGAUGGCAGGCGAUGGGAAAGAUGUACGAAACACCCAAGCGCUUUCGCUUGAAGCCGCUCGAGACCCGGACGCUUAAUAUCCCGACGUCCCAAGCUCCGAUGGGCACGAUCAAGCUGUGGGUCGACAUUUUGAGUCCCGCCCAAGCUCAUGAUUACCCUCCUAUCGAUAUUUCACUGCCUCCACCAGUUGAUAUGGAGCUUCGUGUGGUCGUGUGGAAGGCGCGUAAUGUGCCUUCGUUUGACACUCUGGAAGACAUGAAUGAUCUGUUUUUCCGCUGCUGGAUGGAGGGAUCGGACUACCAGGAAACGGAUAUUCAUUGGCGUGCAAAAAAGGGUAAAGGGUCAUUCAACUGGCGCAUGAAAUUCCCAAUCACUCUUGGCCACAAGCAGACAAACACCAAGAUACCGUACUUCCACAUCCAGGGCUGGGACAAGGAUGUAAUGUCCGCUAACGAUGCGAUUGGUGAUCACACGCUUGACCUUGGCCCAUCGUUUCGUCAAGCUUACAAACUCAAGUCGAACGUCCAAGUCUACGAAGAUGAUGAAGAGACGAAAAAGAAGAAAAAGAAGGCCGCCUCGAACGAUGAUGCUGCUGUGAAAAAGAUUCGAGAGGCCACUGGUCUCUGGGACGACGACGACCCGCCUGAUUCAAAGUGGUUGAAACUGGAAAGCCUUGACCACAAGACCAACACACGUAGCUUCAUGGGCGAGGUAUGCGUCUCGCUCGAGUUGGUACCAAUGGAAAACGCAACGCAGACUCCUGUGGGUCAGGGCCGGUCGGCACCGAACAACUCGCCGUACUUGCCUCCUCCAGCUGGACGUCUUUCGUUUUCGCUCAACCCGUUCAAGGUGCUAAAUGACUUGCUGGGACCGUCGAUCUGCAACCGACUCAUGUGCUGCUUUUGCUGCAUCCUGUUCAUGGUGCUCGUGUACUUUUUGGCGCCGUUCAUCAAUGUGGCGAUCAUCGCGCUGCGACCAUGA